AUGACAAGAGGGAACCAAGAUGAGCCAAUGGAAGAGGCUGAGGAAGAGCAAGAGGAGGAUGAGCUCCCUAUGUACCAAGAGCACUACAAUGCUCUCUUCUCCAUGGACUUUGUGAGACCAAGUACCCACAUGAUGACACAUGAGAGAUCUUGGAUCUUUGAGGAUGUGGAGUUGGUGCUCAAGAACAUGCAAUUGGGAAGUUCUUCUCUCACCGCAUGGAGUCUUACAAGGAGCUCACUUGUGAGUUUUUGGCUCAUGAGGUAUCACAGUUUGAUGAGCUCGAUCGAGCUGAGUUGGACCAAGGCUGGGGCCCAUCAUCUCACGCACAAGGAUGGGAAGAAGAUCAGAGGAGACAGGGCACACGCAGGGAAUCUUAUGCCUCUCCUUGAGCAGCUCCAAGCCUACAAGGUCACAGCUUACAACACUAGGCACCAAAGAGGAAGAAAGCUUAGUGUUGGAGGGGUGAUCACACCAUUCUUUGUGCAGCUGGAGUUCAAGUGGACAAGAGAAGCUACUCCACCAGGUUGGAUGGACAUCAAGUUUUGCAAGACCAACCUCCUCAUUGAGCACAAGGAAUUGGAUGGGAGAUUCCAAUUCAAGUUCACACAUCCCAUUGGCUGGACUCCUCCAAGCUUCUCCUGCCCAACCCUGAGCUCACCACAGUAG